CUAGAAAGCCUGCCCGUGGGAGUUUUUGUCCCAUCGUAAAAGCUGCAGGCGAGAGCAAGUAGGUUAGACAGAUAAGGGGUUUUCGACUAGUUUUUUAGGCUUUGAACUAUUUAGGAGGAGUGGAGGAAAACGGUACUAUCCAUCCGCUCCUGGGCUGGGCACCCCUUUCUCCUCCCCUUUUGAACGUCGCAAGCACCCGGCACAGCGAGAUUACAAGAACAGAGAGAGAAGUUGUAGAAAACUUAAGCAAUUGCUUGCAUCAACCGGAUCAAUUAUUAUUUAUUUUAUGGGUGAGGGAAAACAGGGUGUGAUUGUGGUUGAAAUGUCUAAUAUGACAGCAAAGGGGUUAGUAGGGGGUAACCCCAUAGAACAAUUGCAGGCCAAGUUUAAGGAUCUGGAAGCUCGCUUCAAAACUUGGCUCUCCAAGCAGACUUUGCCUGUGGAAGCUGCCGUCGUCACCGCCACAGGCGCCACCCAGGGCGCUGCUCUCGGAGCAUUAAUGGGUACCCUCACCAAUGACAUCUCUUCCUCAAUUCCAAACCCUCCACCGGGGGCCCCCAAUCUCAAUCCUCAGGCCAUGGCCUCCUUCAAGCAAGCCCAGGCUCUUUCAGGUGGUCCAUUGAUACAAGCCCGCAACUUUGCUGUAAUGACAGGGGUUAAUGCUGGCAUUUCCUGUGUCAUGAAAAGAUUGAGAGGGAAGGAAGAUGUUGAGUCCAGUAUGGUGGCUGCUUUCGGAUCUGGUGCCAUGUUCUCGUUAGUAAGUGGAAUGGGUGGGACGAAUCAAGCAGCCAAUGCCGUUACAUCAGGUCUCUUUUUUGCGCUUAUCCAAGGUGGACUCUUCAAGCUAGGACAAAAGUUUUCAGCUCCACCAGCUGAAGAUGUGUGCUAUGUCAAGACGAGGUCCAUGUUGUCAAACCUUGGUUUGCAAAACUAUGAGAAGAAUUUCAAGAAAGGGUUGUUAAAUGACAGCACUUUGCCAUUGCUCACUGAUAGUGCUCUUAGGGAUGUUCGAAUUCCCCCUGGACCAAGGCUUCUGAUUCUCGAUCACAUACACAGGGAUCCAGAGAUAAGAGAGAAGCGAGCGAGCUGGAAAUGAAGCUGGUCUGGUGAGAUAAAUGCUCAGCGAAACAUGCAUCCUUUGAUUCACUGUUAGUCCCACCUUUAUUUAUUUAUAUGUAAAAGAGAGAAUGGUGGUUUUGGCCUAGUGCUAUCUCAAAUUAUCACUGUUCCUGAACUAAAAUUAGCUGAUAAAUACUUUUGGAUGGCUAGAUAAGUUUCAAGUUUAAAAUUGUGAUUGUGGUGAUAUGCUUUUUUGAUGCCUCAAGGGUUUUGAUUUGAUUCCAUUCUGGGUCUCUAACAACGAUGAUGAUAAAUGGGAUCCCGGGAAUCAGUUGAAGAUCAUGGUUCGGCAUCCCCCCCCCCCCCCAUAGGGUUUGAAAUUUGUAGAUUGCUAUCAAUUACUAAUGAAAGUAAACGGCGAGACCUAUGAAUUCUGAACUAAAA